CUGCAUGCGGCGUUAAUGAUCUUGGUGUGCAAAGGAGAGGACAGCGGCACCGCGGGAUGCUCCCUGUCCUCCCCGGAGGCUGCAGGAUGUCCCAGUGCCCUUCAGCCUGUGGCAACGGGGCUGAGGGGAGCCCCAAGAGCAUCUGAGGGCAUGAAGCGCCCCCUGAGCCCAUCCCAGAGCCCCGAGGGCGCAGUGCAGCUGGUGGAGGAGCCCAGCUGCCCCCCCAGCCAGCCCGAGCAGCGCAUGAAGAGGGAGAAGAAGCAGCAGUCGUUCACUCUGUGCGAGGUCUGCAACAUCCAGCUCAACUCAGCUGCCCAGGCGCAGAUCCACUACAACGGCAAGUCCCACCAGAAGCGCCUCAAGCAGCUAAACAAGGGGAAGAUGCCAGCAGCCCAAGGUCCCUCCGGACACAGCAGCCCCCUCUUAGCAUCACUGCCCAUCCCUGGCCGGCCUCUCCAUCCUCCCUUGGACAUCAAGCACUUCCUGACCUUCAGGCUCAACGGGACAUCACCGCUCAACCUCUUCCCCAACUUCAACACGGCCCCUGCCCUGCCCAUGUCCGUGUGUCUGUCUGUCACAGCCAUCCCUCUCUGCCCCCAGAACCAGGCUGAAGCCCACUACAAGGGCCACAAGCACGCGCGGAGGCUGAAGGCCAUCGAGGCCAUGAAGAACAAGCAGAAGGUGGUGGGGGCUGCAGCGGGGACCCCUGGCCAGGACAGCACAGCCGAGCUGGCCCCCAGCCCCGUGGGCAGUGGGGAGCUGGGCAGCACAGCUGAUGCCAGUAGCCCACAGGAGUCGGAGGGCGAGGGCAGCAGCCUGGCACUGGUGCCCAGCACUGAGGAGUCACCAGUGGAGCUGCCAGGCAGUGUUGCCCCUCUGGGCUCCCCACCAGCCUCCGAGCUGUCAGAGGGCACCUCAGAUGCCACCAGCGUGGCCUCCUCAUCAGCCCAGGCAGCCGAGGCACAGGCAGCUGAGUCAGGCAGCAGCGUCAGCUCGGCCCCUGAGAGCGAGAAAGAGGGGAAAAAGAGCAAACAGCACCUGUACUGUCCCACCUGCAAGGUGACCGUCAACUCACUGUCCCAGCUGGAGGCUCACAACACUGGCGCCAAGCACAAGUCCAUGCUGGAAGGUCACGGUGCCCAGCUGCGGCGAGGCCGGGGCAAGCUGCUCUCCCGGGCAGGGCACAAGUCCAAGCGCAUCGGGAACAAGGGCAGCAUCAACAUCCAGAACAAGGCCUUCCACUGCCAAGUGUGCGAGAUCUACGUCAACUCCGAGACCCAGCUCAAGCAGCACAUGAGCAGCCGGAGGCACAAAGACAGGCUGGCAGGGAAGCCACCCAAGCCCAAGUACAGCCCCUACAACAAGCUGCAGAAGAAUGCUGCCCUUGCAGUGAGUAUUCUCAAGUCCAAGCUGGCUUUGCAGAAGCACCUCACCAAAACCUUGGCCACGCGUUUCCUGCCGAGCCCGCUGACCGCCGCUGCCNAGCACCUUACCCUGUGCAGGGGAGCCUCCAUGGCUGCAUCCCCUCAGCAGAUGCAUCCCCUGCCCCUUGCAGCCACCCCCUAUGAGCUCUGUGGCCUUGGCAGUGGCUCCUUGGGAAUGGACCCGGUGCAGAAGGCAGUGAUCAGCCACACCUUCGGCAUGCCCGCCCCGCUCAAGAAGAAGCAAUUCAUCUCCUGCAACAUCUGCCACCUGCGCUUCAACUCUGCUCCUGCACCUGAGAGCAGAGGGGGUCACUGA